CCUUAAGAACCUGCCACUGUCCCGGAACGGGGAGGUUAAGGUCCUGCUUUCUCCUACCUCGCAGGCCUGAACUUUCCAGGGACUGGUUAAGGAAGGGGCUCCUAGACUUCACUCCCCACUUUAAGCCGGAAUAGAUGGCCAGUGACAACGGCAGCCCCACAGCGCUCUAGAAGAUUCGUCCACUAGCACAUCAGCGGAAGUGGGGCGGAACCGUUCCAGCACCCCCCUCACGAUUGGCCAGCGCUGCCGUCGCUCAGCGGUCCAACCGGAAGGGGCUAGGCGACGCCCUUCUGGUUUCUAACCGCCAAGGGUGUGGGAGGGGCCAGAGUGAAAGUUACGGGGGGAGCUUCCGCGGUGGUGAUGGAGCUGACCCCGGUCGCUGCGUUGCCUGGGCCUUCUGGCUCCUUCAAGGAGGAGCUUCUCUGCGCCGUCUGUUUCGAUCCCUUCCGUGACGCGGUGACGCUGCAGUGUGGCCACAACUUCUGCCGCGGGUGCGUGAGCCGCUGCUGGGAGGUGCAGGCGACGCCCUUCUGCCCGGUGUGCAAGGCCCGCGCGUCGCCCGCCGACCUGCGCACCAACCACACGCUCAACAACCUGGUGGAGAAGCUGCUGCGCGAGGAGGCCGAGGGCGCGCGCCGCGCCGGCCACCGCUCCCCGCGCGUCUGCCGCCCGCACCGCGGCCAGCUGGGUUUCUUCUGCCUGGAGGACAAGGAGCUGCUGUGCUGCCUGUGCCAGGCCGACCCCCGGCACCAGGGCCACCGCGUGCAGCCGGUGAAGGACACUGCCCACGACUUCCGGGCCAAGUGUAAGAACCUGGAGCACAUGCUGCGGGAGAAAGCCAAGACCUUCUGGGCCAUGCGACGCUCCUAUGAGAACAUUGCCAAGCACAAUCAGGUGGAGGGGGCCUGGCUGCAAAGCCGCAUCCGGGAGGAGUUUGAGAAGCUCCGUGAGUUCUUGCGGAAAGAGGAGCAGGCCACCCUGGACGCCAUGACCAAUGAGGCCCGGCAGAAGCAGCUCCUGGCUGACCAGAAGAUGAAGCGGCUUGAGGAAGAGACUGAGAUGCUGGCCCACGAGAUCGAGAGGCUGCAGGCAGAAAUGAAGGAGGAUGACAUCUCUUUCCUCAUGAAACACAAGAGCCGAAAACGCCGGCUCUUCUGCACCAUGGAGCCGGAGCCUGUCCAGGCAGACAUGCUCAUCGAUGUCUGCAAGUACCUCAGCUCCCUCCGGUACCGUGUCUGGAAGAAGAUGAUGACGUGUGUGCAAUCCGUGCCCUUCAGCCUGGAUCCUAACACAGCAGCUGGCUGGCUCUCGGUGGCUGAUGACCUCACCAGUGUCACCAACCGUGGCUACCAUGUGCAGGUGGAGAACCCGGAGCGCUUCUCCUCAGCGCCCUGCCUGCUGGGCUCGCAAACCUUCUCAAAGGGCUCCCACACCUGGGAGGUGGCCCUGGGCGGGCUGCAGAGCUGGCGGGUGGGUGUGGUGCGGGUGCAGUCGGAGGAGGCCACGGACGGCCACUCACAGGGCUCCUAUCACGACAUGCGCUCCGGUUUCUGGUACUUGUGCCGCACGCAGGGUGUGGAGGGGGACCACUGUGUGGCCUCCGACACGGCCACAUCACCCCUGGUCCUGGCCAUCCCACGCCGCCUGCGCGUGCAGCUAGAGUGUGACGAGGGUGAGCUGUCCUUCUACGACGCCGAGCGCCAGUGCCACCUGUAUACCUUCCACGCCCGCUUUGGGGAGGUGCGGCCCUACUUCUAUGUGGGGAGUGCACGGGACGACAGGCCCCCUGAGCCUUUGCGCAUCUGCCCGCUGCGAAUCAGCAUCAAGCAGGAUCUGGACAGCUGAGCAGACCCGAGCCUCCUCCUGAAGCCCGCGUGGGCCUGCGUGCCUCUGCCCCUGCCUUCAUGAUGCAUCUCUGCAGCUCUCUAGUUCUUGCUGGGGCUCCAAGCCCUACACCUGUCUUUGGUUUUGGCCCCUUCCCUUCUCUCAGAAGCCUCGCCCAGGAAGCCCCUUGCUGAGCCCAGGCUCUCCCCAGAGUCGGGCACCUUCAGGAUGUGAACGUUCUGAACCUCAUUCCAGGACUUCUGGAGAUAAUGUUUGCUUCUGGAGUGGGCUUGUUUUACGAGGAGGUUUCAUUAUUUUUGGGAUCGGUGAGGCCAACCAUCCAGAUGACUGCUAUUGGAAAUUGUUUUAGUACAUGUGCUGCUGAAGUGAGCACUGCUAUUGGAAGUUGUUUAUCACUGUGUUCCCAAGAGGAGAGAGAGGGCUCUGCCACAUAGGGCCAGCCAGGGAGGCCCAGGGCCACUCAGGAGGCAGGGGGAGCAAGGAGGAAGUACAGGCAAAGCCUUCUUUGUAGUUUGCUGGGAAGGAAAGGCAGGGUGGAGAAAGCGGAGUGCAGAGGCUUAGGAUUGGCCAAUUUGAGUAGUUGCAGCCGGUUCUGGGGUGUUGGGGCUACCCUUGUGGGACUGACACUGCCCCUCAAGAGCCCAGUGAGGCAGAUUCAGUAGGGAGUGGGGCAGGGCUUGGGCGGGGGGUUGUCACAGGAUUCACUGACCUGGGAGGGGCUGGUCACUCAUUGAGUCCCCAGCUCCAGAGCUUCCAGAAUACAGUAAGUAAAGCACCUAAUGCAGGCCCAUGCCAUGGCUUUGGGACUGACCUGGGGCUGGACUUGUCUGUUACCUUAUGUUACUGUUUUAAAACUGCACAGAUCCCACUGAGCAGGCUGAGACAAAGCUUCCCGACCCCAUUGGUCAGCUCCCGUUUUUCGGUUUAUACCUGAGCAGGCAGUUCCCAUACUGGGCCUCAGUUUCCUCACCUGUGAGAUGAUAGGACUGUCAGGCGGUGUCCUUCUGUAACUGCCACGGAGGAAAUUCCUCUGCUUGGUUCUUUCCAAGGUCUGAGAAGGGAAGGAAGGAGGGGGCCCUUUGUAGUUAGGAAGCAGAGAGGGUGCACUCUGGGCCCCCAUGGCUGUGACCCAAGAGCCUAUUGAACACCAUGGGAGGCAGACACCUCGUCUUGGCUGCCUUCUUGCCUCCCCUCGCCCCAUCCUGGUUUUUGCACUGCCAGGUGCUGAAGUUUCCUAGAUUUCUCCUCUCUGUCUGCUGUUUGCCUCCACCUUUUCUUUCCCAGGCCUGCAGGUGGUUUCUGUUGCAGCCCACUGUCCUGGGAAGCAGGGUGGUAAAGGCAAACAUUUCCCCGUGGGCUGCCAGGUGCUCAGACCCAGGAAGGCUCUGUGUACUUUGGGGGCCGAGCAGGUCUUGAGUGUGUAUGCCUUCUGCUAGCGAGUGUUUACCUAUCAGAUACAGUUUCUGUAUAGUAAACGUACCUGAAAGUACUUUGUUAGUGAUAAUAAAGUUUAAAAAUGUUUUUAUUUUCACCUUGGAUGUAAGUUUUUUUUUUUUUUUUAAAUUAAAGAUAAUAUGAUCUGGGUGUGGUGAUAUACACCUGUGAUCCCAGCACUCUAGGUUCGCAAGUUCCAGCCUAGCCUGAGCAACUUUGGAUAGCCUAGGCUUUUUCACAAAAAUUAAAAUGAUACAUUCUUUCUUUUAAUAUGGCUUUCAGUGUUCUUGUUUCAAGUUCAUCCAUGUUGUCGCAUGUAUUUAUUCUUUUUGUAAUCUAUUGAAUGGAGUUAUAUGCAUUUUAUUUAUCAGUUGAUGGGUUUUGGCUGUUUCCAUUUUUGUCUAUUAUAAAUAAUGCUGCUACGAACAUUUGUGUACACAUGUUUAUGUGGACAUGUCUUUGAUUCUUUGUGGUAAAUAAAUACUUGGGAAUAGACUUGCCGGA